UACAUGCAAAAGAGUAUGUAAGUCAAAUAUUUCUAGGUUAAAGCGUGUCGGUGUUUUGUAUCUGAAAAAUUAACUUAAAAUGCCGUAUUUAUGUUUGAUUCAAGAAGAAAUUGAAGAUUACGUCGAAUGCCUUAAAAAUUCUCAAGAUGAUCUUUAUACAGUGGUUGCGGUACCAAUUGACAAUAAGAAUAAUAAAAGUGUGGAAGGUGUAGAGGAAGAUUUAUAUCCCGAUACAAUUCUUCCUUCUGAGAAAUGGAACAAUAAAAUUAUUCUUAUGCUUUCUGAUGAUAUAAAUUGCGAUUCCGAAGAUACACAAGAACGCAAAAUGUCUGAAGAAACUUUAGAGCGGGAAAUAUCUUGGGCAGCGCAUUUACAAUUUGCUGGAUACGUAAUGGUGCGCCUCAAAAAUAAAAACAACACUAAUUUAGCUCGUUUGCUCUCUAAAUCCAUUAAAGGUAACGUGAUUGUUCGUGUUUUACUCAAUGCACCAAAAUCUGAACAAGAUGGUUUUACUGGUAAGGCUUGUGAAAAUGAGAAUGAAGAUAUUCGAUCUGAGUUUGAUCCUUGGCAUUGGUGGAAGAAAUUUCAUGCUCUCACCAAUUACAGUCCUAAAGUCAAAGUAGUAGUUGAAGUUCAUCCAAAUGAAGUACCUUCAAAGCAGGAAGUACUUCGCUGGCUAGGCGAGCCUCUGGAGGGAGUAAUUGUGCCAUCUCAGAUGUUUAUCAAAAAUGCAAAUGAUUAUCCUGUAUUGCCAAAGAUUUGGCAAAGUGUUUUAAUAGAUUUUGUACAAAUGCACAAAAAUUUUUUCGUAACAACCACCAAAUCCGAUUGUGCUAAAAAGUUUCAUUUAAGUCAAAAUAGCUAA